UUACAGCCUAUCAUUGGGCACUUCAGAUGCUACACAGUGAGUAAUGGGUUUGGCUUGGACCGGUUUCACAGUGUAUUGCACACGGAUCCCAUGUUGUGUUGCAAGUGCCAGCUCACAAGCUGGUAGGCAAUAGGCAGGAACGGAACACCGAAUGUGCAGUGCGCUUUUGCGCAUUAUUUUGCCUUGUAUUUGUCUAGCGGCAGUGCUAAACGACGGGAAACCACCCAUUGAAAGCCUUGCAUGCUAUUCCAAUAUACGACUUAUUUGUCGACUACAUUUUGGCAUAUUUUGUGCUUACUAGAUAUGAACUAAAAUGAACCCAUCCUGCGCACGGUGUGGCAAAGUUGUCUACGCGACUGAAAAAAUAAAUUGCCUAGAUAAGUACUGGCACAGAGGAUGUUUCCACUGCGAAGUGUGCAGAAUGCCUCUCAACAUGAAUAACUAUAAAGGCUAUGAGAAGAAGCCCUACUGCAAUUCACACUACCCAAAACAAACAUUCACCACCGUGGCAGACACCCCAGAAAACCUGCGGCUGAGACAACAGAGUGAACUGCAGAGCCAGGUCAAAUACAGGAAAGACUUUGAGGAGAGCAAGGGGCGAGGGUUUAGUUUUGUCCUGGACACACCUGAACUGCAAAGACUGAGGAGGACCCAGGAACAGAUAAGCAAUGCUAAAUACCAUAAGGACUUUGAGCUGUCAGGUGUUCAAGGUCUCUCUCAGGGGACGUGUGGACAUUACCUGGUUCGAGCACAAGUGAGGCCAAGUAAGCAAGAAGUUGGAAACACAUCACACAAGGGUGUGCACCAGUACAUCAUGGAGAUGGACCAAAAGCCAGGAAUUAUUGUGGCUCCAGUUCUCCCAGGAGCUUAUUACCCAGGCGGACAUACUCAGGGCCACAGCUAUAUGCACCAGACCAGCAUGCAUUCUCUUCGAUCAGUACAGCACAGACCACAUCCCACCAUGACUGUGUACAGAGCUCUGUAUGACUACACGGCACGGGACACUGAUGAGGUUUCCUUCAGGGAUGGUGACAUCAUCCAGCACACACAGCCCAUUGAUGACGGUUGGAUGUACGGUACCGUAAGGAGAACCGGGCGCUCUGGCAUGUUACCUGCUAACUACGUAGAAGGCAUCCGCUAAUGCUAGAGAGACCUAAUCCAUUAGACAGCAACUGUUUCAUAAGCAUUGGGCCCAUUUGUAGACAGGACCAAAUUGUAAUGUACCGGUCGUGUUUAGUACGGUUACAUAUAUAUUUCUGUAUGUGCAUUAUUAGCGGUGAACAGAAACAGUGUUUCAUAACAGUCUUUGGGCUCAUUUGUAUACAGAAAUAAAUUGUAAUGAAAUAUGUUACCGUUCUUUGAUAGCCUGUGAUAAGGCUUUCACAAUCUUUCCUGACCAUAUAAGUAUUUUACAAUCAAACUCAUCAUGUAAAGAAAUAGACAUAGGUUUUAUUAAAUGAUAUUAAAUUGGCAGAAGGCAUGUAACAGACCCUUUAUCUUGAUUGUGAAACCUGUAUUUUCUUCAUUUUUGUAUUAGUGUGUUGCUUUUUCUUUUCUGAAGAAAGCAAUGUCCGUGGUGCAGUAUUCAUGUUAAAAUUAAUAUAAUGUACCAAAAUAAGGAAUGAUAUUUGUUAUAACAUCUGCAUAUUAAAGUGGUUCCAUUGAA